AUGUGGUAUGCCUUUCUAACAUAUCUUGACCUAACCUUGUAUUGUAUUGCCAGAGGUGAAUGUUCGUCCCACGUAGGUAGACCACAACCCCUGUACCUCAGUCCUCGGUGUGCUCGUAGUGUAUGGGGUGGCCAUGCUACUUCACACAUGAACAUGUGGUAUGCCUUUCUAACAUAUCUUGACCUAACCUUGUGUUGUAUUGCCAGAGGUGAAUGUUCAUCCCACGUAGGUAGACAGGGAGGACCACAACCUCUGUACCUCAGUCCUCGGUGUGCUCGCAGUGUAUGGGGUGGCCAUGCAACUUCACACAUGAACAUGUGGUAUGCCUUUCUAACAUAUCUUGACCUAACCUUGUGUUGUAUUGCCAGAGGUGAAUGUUCAUCCCACGUGGGUAGACAGGGAGGACCACAACCCCUGUACCUCAGUCCUCGGUGUGCUCGCAGUGUAGGGGUGGCCAUGCAUGAGAUGCUUCACACACUGGGCUUUACACAUGAACAUAUGCGGCCAGACCGGGACAAGUACGUGUACAUCAACUACUCCAACAUCGACUACGCUUAUUGGAAAAAUUUUGAAAUUGAUUCGAAUGUCAAAUUGGACGAUUUUGGAGCUUCGUAUGAUUUCAGCAGCCUAAUGCAUUACCGACUCUGUGCCAUGAGCAAUAAUUCUUUACCAACAAUCAUUGCUAAGAUCAAGCCUAGAACAAAACUCAUUGGACAAAGAAUUGGUUUCAGCGAGCAAGACAUAAUCAAACUCAACAGAUUUUAUAAUUGUUCCUUGAAAGCGAACAAUGCGAAGGUGGUACUGGCAGAAAGUGAAAGCAUUUUACAAACACAUGACUGUGAUAAAAACUGUGACUGCUCCUCUAGAGAUGGAUCGGAAUCCAACGCUUAUCCUCAUUCAUGUGUUUUGAAAAUUAUACUCAUAGUUUAUACAUAUAAACAAUUAUUUCCUUAUACCUCUGUUGUAAAUAUAUUCAUUUUCCUGUAA